AUGCACGGUGUUCAUUCCAAUGAAAAACUGUUUCUCCGAGAUUUCGUCAACUGUGUCGCUGGUUCCAGUGGUGGCCGUUUAGCUCAAUGGUUACAACCAGGAAGUCGAGUGGAUCCAACCAAAUGCCAAGUGGUUUAUUCGAGAGAAGAUUUACGGUGUGGAUGGCCUGCUAUUAUUAUGGUUCUCACUAGAGACCAAUAUGGAGACAUGGUGUUUGUUCCAAACAUGAAGGUGGAAGUUAAGGCAAUACCGAUAGAUAAAAAGGAAAUUGGAGAUGGAGAUGUUGGUCGAAAAAUGAGAAGAAUCAGCCAACCGGAUUUAAUGACGUAUGGAGGAUUACCUCCUCCUCCUUUACACCUUCCUUAUGAACCCACCAUUAGAGAUAAAAUGUGUUUCCAUUCGAUUACAGUUAUGAAGGUCAGUAUAUGCAGUUAA